ACGUCGAGAAAUUCUUUCGGUUUGUUUCUUUAAAAUGCUUGUCUACAUUGUUGGCCGCGCGCGGUCCACGAAAUAACUGGAUGGGCUUUUAUGCUUCACGCUCGCCUACUUUGUAGGGGGAGUUUUUGGCUCGACAUUCCUGGGAUAGCUGCCCGAGUUAGCGGAGGGGUUGGGUUAAACAAUGGGUAUGGAUUAAGUGCACAUCGCAGAUUAAUUGGACUUUUCUGUUACAUCGGUGACGGAGGGAGUUAUUUCUAAUGGAUGGUGGUGUUGUCGAUUUACUCUGCCGGUGAAUUCAGUUGUUUGAUUAUUGGAUUCUUAGUUACGGUUUUAGUCUUAAUUCUGAAUUCGUCAGUGAAUCUAGAAUUGUACUCAGUAAAUCAAGUUUAUAUAUAGUCAGUAAAUCACGUUUAUAUAUAGUUAGUAAAUCAAGUUUUUACGUCGUCAGUAAAUCAAAAUUCUACAUCGAGUAAAUCAAAAUUCUACAUCGAGUUAAUCAAAAUUCUACAUCGAGUAAAUCAAAAUUCUACAUCGAGUAAAUCAAAAUUCUACAUCGAGUAAAUCAAAAUUCUACAUCGAGUAAAUCAAAAUUCUACAUCGAGUAAAUCAAAAUUCUACAUCGAGUAAAUCAAAAUUCUACAUCGAGUAAAUCAAAAUUCUACAUCGAGUAAAUCAAAAUUCUACAUCGUCAGUAAAUAGAAGCGUGUACGUGGUAAAUAAAUCAAGUUUCCCAUCUUAAGUGCACCAACAACCAUAUCCACCAGUAGACUUCAGCAUCGUGUGUAGUGUCACAUUAUUUCAUCUAGAUUUCUGUCGCCAGUGUACCACUGUGUUUCUGUAUCAGUGUCUCGUCUUUCAUUUGACCAUGGCUAAUUCAGCAGUGAAUAUACGUCGUCUUGUGCGUCAUACACCCAGUGGAAGAAUGUGAAUAAACUCCACGGAUAUUUUCAGCUUGUUUAUGUGGCAUAAAGGGAAGUAAACCUUCAUAACUUGAUAUCGAAUAUCAGGAUGCAUAGCGUUCAUCUACUCUGCAGAGAGUACGGUCAGAAUAUUUAGCACUGUGUGAAGAUACACAGUGUAGCUAAGGUUUGUGUGGCCAGAAACGGACGAGAGUACCGAGAGAUGAUUGACUCGGCAAGGAACGGACCGGACUGGCCCUCGGGCCUGGAGUGUGGAGGGGUCAAGUGCUGCUCGGACAGCGGCAGUGACCCCGGCUACGGUCGAGGUCGUCUGUACAAGUGCGAGUCUAAUGACUCUGGUGGCAGCUUUGAUCUGCUCGACUCCGGUGAGCUGGAGUACGGGAGGGUCGGUGAGCUGACCCCGUCCCCUAAGGUCAAACACCUGCUGGUGGCGUCCAGCGUGGACUCCGGGGGGAGCUUUGAUAUGGAGAGCGCUGGGGUGGAGGAGAGCAGCAGGGGUAGGAAAAACUUCCGGGCUAUGGCCAGUUCUAGUUCAGAUAUGGGAGGAAGUUUUGACGUGGAUGUAACGCUUCUAGAGAACAGUGGUAAAGGGAAGCGUUUUCGGACACUGGUCAGUUCUAGUGCUAGCACGGGUGAUAGUUUUGAGGCCGAAAGCCCGCUUCUAGAAGGCGAUAGCACAAGCGAUAAAAACUUCCGACCGCUGGUCAGUUCUAAUGUGGACAUGGAUGGUAGCUUGGGUGCAGAUAGCCCAUUGCAAGAGGAUAGUAGUAAACUUGUAACAAACUUGGAACCUCUGACCAAUUCUAGUGUGGACAGUGGUAGUUUGGGGGCAGAUAGCCCAUUGGUAGAAGACAGUAGCAAACGUGUACACAACUUGGAAUCCCUGACCAAUUCUAGUGUGGACAGUGGUAGUUUGGGGGCAGAUAGCCCAUUGGUAGAAGACAGUAGCAAACGUGUACACAACUUGGAAGCCCUGACCAAUUCUAGUGUGGACAGUUGUAGAUGUGAUAACGAAUUGCCAGAACAGAACGAUCGGACAUCGAUCCAAUACACGGACCGUGUCAGUCAAGACAAGCCGCCGGUCCCUAGCAAGAAGCACUCGUCUCUGGGCAGGAGGAAGCCGGUGAACAACAUCUCGCUCAUCUUCUCCAAGUUCGCCCGGGACUUGGUGGAGAGGAACAAAACGGGCACGGGGAGGGAGAUCAGCGGCGAGGGCGGGGACGGCAACGACACACCCAUUUUCGAUAACGACGACCGCCGCUGUCAGCCGCGUCAACGGAGCGUCAGUGACGUCACCGGUACCGCCACGGGGCUGUACCUUGAGUGCGGUCACCUGGCGUCGCAAGCGCUGACCGGUGAUUACAGCUCCCUGAUCGUGACGGAAGACGAGGCUUGCUGUGGCGUCAUCUACCUCAACGACAGCGACACGACAACCGGCACGAUGCCGGUUCUCCGGCUGAGCUUCACCGACCGUUUGACUGAUGCCGAUCAUGGCGUGAAGGUCGAGGACGGGGUGUUCUCCGACCUGGAGUCUCGGGUUGAAGACGGGUCCUGUUUUUCUAACCUGAGUUCGUUAGACGACCUUCACCUCUUCAACUCAGCCAACGGUUGUGUAACCCUCGAUUCCCCGACGGUGGAAGACACGGCCACGUUCGACGCCAGGUUUCUCAACGACUCUGUGAGCAGCGUUGAGGAGUUCCACACUGGCAAGUCUCCGGCCUUGAGGCUGAGGUUCGGGCCGCUGAGCAACCAGUCGUUGAGGAGCGAGUCGGACGAGUACCUGUCCUGCAGCAGCAACUACAGCUACAGCAACAUCAGCGCCGACACCAACGAGGCGUCGUUCAGCGAGGAACCACGUGACGGUGGUCUUGCGCAUGCGCGAAGUCCCGUCCACGUCAAGAGAGACUUUGGCUCGUGGGAGCUGCUGGAUGCUUUUGAGAACGGGUUUGAGGUUGGUCAGUUGGCGGCUCUGGGGCCGCUGUGUAGCAGUGAGCCGCGGACAAGUGUUGGCUCUCAUGUGGGGGAGAGUGUGGACCACACAACUGACCUCUCCAAUGGUGAUAAACUUGUGGAUUCUAAGGAUUCUGUAGAAUCUAACGGCCAGGGCUUCAAUGAUGAUAAACUAAUAGAUUCUAAGAAUUAUAUAGAAUGUAAAAACGAGGAUUUUAUUGUUAACAAAAAUGGAGAGCCUAGCCCUAAUUUUGAUAUUGUGUUGAACUCUAAUGUUGAUAUAACUGUAAACGGACUAGACCCAAAUGUUGAUAUUAAAUACGAUCAGGGGUUGGGUGUUGAUACGCCAAAUGAACAUCUCGGCUCAGAGAGUAUCCCGGUCGUUAGUGACGUAGAUGAUUGCGUCACGUGCGACAGAGAAAAUAGCCUCGACAAAAACGCUGGGAAAUUUGAGCGGAAACUUCAGCGGAACGAGCGUCGCAGGAAAAAAGGUACCGUCACUCCACGCCACGCCACACCGCCAGCUAGUCAGAGUACCCCCAACGCUUGCAUUACCUCCGGCAAGAGCUCAUCUGUCCCAGAGCUGAGCUUACCCCCCGAGCUAAGCCUCUACUCGCCAGCUGCUAAACAAACCGACGGGAAAAAACGCUUGUUCACCAGCGCCGAUAACCUCAACAGAAGCGACCGUCUGCGAACCUCGACCAGUAUUCCCGACCUACUCACUGCCAAAUCUGGCAGCAAACCAAAGCGUCCCAGCCAUCUCAGGAUCCUCAAAUCAGCACUCCUCUGGCUCAGCCCGACCAAAAAUGUACAAUUUUCCAACCCGUUUUCCUCUAGUAAAUCUUCCUACGACUUGUCCCAAGCGCCGUUGACCAACACGAAGCCGGGUCUAGCUAGAGAGAAAUCGCGGAAGAAAACAGCUCAGUCUUGCGCUCAACAAUCUGUGUCCUCGCCCAACACGCCUUUAGCCGCCCUGCCUCCUCAACGGGAAUCCCCGUCCCGGCCAGUUUACCUCUUGCAGCGGGGGCGGUCCCUGUCGGUGGAUAACAUAACGAACCCGUGCAGCUACCACGGGCGGGGCAGUGGGGCUGGUCAGGCUGGGAGCAGGACGGUCCGGCUGGAGAAGGUGGCCUGCCAGAGGUGCUCGUAUAUCUACGGCAGGGAGCAGCUAGUACCGCUGGAUAAUAUUUUUGACUCCAAGAAAAGAGAAAAGAACAAAGUCAACUACCCCAAUGACAGCAGCACCAGGAAGGAGCCGAGGAAAGCUCAGCAGUUUGGUCUCUCUCUACCAGACUUGAAAAAGAACACAGGUAGAAUCAUCCCCCUACCUGUAGAAGAUGCUAUUGAAUACCUCAAGUCAACUGGAGGUGAUGAAGCCGAGGGAUUAUUCCGAAGAUGUGCUCGAGUUUCCACCAUGACUGAAGUCCAGGAGAAAUAUGAUAGUGGUGAGACAGUGGACUUUGACCAGUACGGUGACCCACACCUGGCCGCUGCCAUCCUCAAGAAGUUUCUCAGGGAGCUGCAGGAGCCGUUGAUGACCUACGACCUUUUUGAGCCACUCACUAGGCUGCACUUCUUAGAGCCCAGCAAGCAACUCCAUGAAGUCCAAAGGAUCCUGCAAGAUGAACUGCCUGAAGACAAUUACAUCAUCCUCAAAUUUGUCUUUCAGUUUUUACAACAGGUGGUCAGCAAGGCUGAUGUGAAUCAAAUGACAGCAGAGAAUGUGGCCACCGUUUUUGGGCCCAACAUCGCAUGGCCCAGGGGACAGGCCAACCUGGCCUCAGUUGAGCAGGCGGUGAAGUUUGCCCUCAUUCUGAUACAAAGUUUCGAUGACGUCUUUCUCAGAUGAUCUGUUUGUGUCGCUCUGCCUUACAGCCUAGCACAAACCUGGAGGGGAAUCAUGUUUGUAAACACAUUUGUGUGUCUCUUUCCUGAAAUGUACUCAUUGCUUUUUUGUUUCCUUUUUGUCGAACAAGGAUUCUGAGAUUUCAAUGAAAUCUUAGAUGCCAAACUGGCAAUUGUAAUGAAAAUAUUUUGUCCAGGUUUUUUUAAGCAAGUCAUUUUUUUGUAUUCUCUUAAAAGCUUAUUGCCGACAAAAUUAAUAUGAACUCUUCUAUAGUGUAUCAUUUAGAUACAAACAUUUUAUUACAAAAAAUUUUUGUUUUAAAUUUAUCUUCCUCCCUUUUGUAAACACAUUUUUUUGUGUUAUGCUUCACAUAUAGGAUCCCCUUUAGUUGAUGAGGUGCUUUUAGUUUGCAGAAAGAUUUCAAAUCUUGCUUAUUUAUAAAUUCGGGGUUGGUAAAGUUGGUUUCUGACAAAUAUGUACAUAGUUUCCUGUCAUAAUACUUCAUAAUUACCUUUAAAAAAUUUGAACAAACGUAUGUUAUGUUAGUAGAACAUAAAUAAACCUGUAUGUCCACAUGCUGAGCUGUAUGUAUGCAUGCAAGAAUGUCCACAAGAUGAACAUCUUUUCAUGUUAUAUUUAUCACAAUGAACAUCUGUUACAUUUCUCACAAUGAAUAUUUUCAAUUUUUUUUGUCCCUACUUUUUCAUACGUAGAAAAUGUACCGUGAGUACACACAAAUAUGUGUACCACGUGUACGUAUAAUUAACCCUAUUGUACUUAAAACAUAACAAUGUUAAUGUGCUAAUGACAAUUCAACAGUUGAACACCCUGACCCAUGCAAGGCCCAUGACCUAUGACCUGUUUACACUUUUUUCUUGACAGUUACAGAAUAUAUUUAAGUGACGUUGUGUCUCUCUGUACAUUGACAUUGUGUCUCUCUGUACAUUUGACAUUUUUCCUUUCUAUUUUUUUUUUUGAGCUUCAUGCAUGGCUGGAACAAAAAAAACCUUUUGGGAAAAAUGUGAAAUGGGGAUUUGUAUGUCGGUUUAUGUGAUUGGUUUAGAAUUUAUUUAAAUCUCUAUGCUUGUGUUAUGAACAAUAAAUAAUUUAAUUGUUUACAAAAUCUUUCCUUGAAAAAUCACUCCACUACCUCCCCCCCCCCUUUUUUUUUAUUAAAAAAAUAUAAUUUCUGGGUGUAUGAAAAUAUAUUAAAAAACAACAACCCAUCUUUACAAAUACUUGUAUGUAUAAGGUUUCUGUUAAUUGAGUAGAUGCCUGGUGGAAUGGUUGUACAUAGAGCAGCUUGUUUUAGUGAAUCCAUAUGUUGGUGCUACCUGCAUUUAUGUUUACACGUAAUCCUUGUUUGUUCCCAUACAUUCCCUUGUCUGUAUCACGUAUACGUAUCAUAAACUGGGAAGUUGAUUUUUUUUUUCUGGGGUUAAAUUAAAGAUUGAAUUUUAUGACAAUUUUUUU